AAAGAACUGUUCUCGGCUGUCAUAUCAACAGGCCUGGGCUGGUCUCGCAUAUCGACCAUCCCACUUACUAAAGAGCAGCAACACUUCAAGGUCUACAGACCUACAGAAACCUCCUGUACCACCCAACGCCACUGUCACACCUAUUACUGCGUAGGCGAUCUUUGCCGGGACAAGGUCCGAAUGUGACGUGGAAUCUCCAGGACCACAAGUAUAAGGGUGUGUCCUCUUCCCAACCCCGCAGCACAGCUCUUGACACUUACUAUACCCUUGUUACAAUAUUCCCAACCCGUCCAAGUUGCCGCAUCAUCAGAACUAAGCCCUAUCAGACCAGCGAAGAUCAAAAUGACCGAGCGCAAACUUCCACCAAGAAAAACGCCUGACGAUAAAGGUUCUCAGGAGGCAUCACCAACAGAUGAGACAACGAAAGACUCCAGAACCCCCGCGAAAGAAGUCCCCAUGGGCCCCAACACGCAGUCAACCAACGAGUCCCAAAAUGGUCUACCUCAGCCGAACGAUGACUUGCUUGAAAAGAUAAAAUGGGCCAAAGAAUGUGUCAAAAACAACCCCAAAGCCGCCGCAGCUCUCGGUCUUACAGCCGGCGGACUAACAGUCGUCGCUGCCCCCGCACUGCUCACCGGGCCAGUGUUGAGUUUCAUGGGUUUUGGUUCCACUCACGGUGGAAUCGUAGGAGGGUCUUUCGCAGCUGCAAUUCAAGGCAUGAUGGGUAACGUUGUGGCUGGUAGCUGGUUUGCUACCGCUACAAGCGCGGCGAUGGGAGGGUAUGGAGUCCCUGUUAUUGCGGCUGUUGGGCAAGGCGUUGGGGCUGCGGCUGCGGUUGCGGGUGGCGCGUAUGCUACUAAGGAGCUGAGGAAGGAGCAGGCGGAUAAGGAGGGGGAAGGCGAGGGUAAAGAUGAAGGGGGUGAUGGGCCGAAGGGAUUUCGACGAUGAGUCUACUUUGUUGGAUGACUCGGACUCCGAGACCUCUGACAAGGACUGGCUAAAGGGAAGACUGUGACUGCCCUACGUGUUGCGGAUUUCUUUCGAAUUGUUGGUUGGGUUGAGGUUUGUAACCAUCGAUCUGUCCCAGACCUCUGAAUACCCCUGUGGUUCUAGGCCGGCAUCAAGCAGCACAACCCAGCCCAGUCGUUGCCUCUACCCUCUUCUUCGUGCGACUCUUGCCCGCCGCGCUUGCCGCACCUUCCGUGUUUGCCUGCCGUUCCUACCUCCGACCUGAUCCUCCCGCCUACCCCGCGUCAUCCAAUGUGUCAAACCCGUCUAGGGUGUUCGAGUUUCCCUUAACUGAUUGCUCUCCCGUGGUGUGGUCCGUUGGUGUAAUGGUAACAUUUCCGGCGUGGUAAAUCUGCGUCUGCAUACGUGCCGCAGGAAGACAACGGUUCCAGUCCGUUACGGACCAUUACCCGCUUUUUUUUCUUCUUUCUCUCUUCCCCCCUUUUCUUCCUCUUCCAGUCGCAUUUGCUGAUGCUCUAUCUGACACCAAGAUAGAGAGUCAGCUAACGCUCUCUUUACUUAUCGAUCCCCAAAUUCAUCAUGCUCGUGUCAUGCAUGCAUGCCCGGGGCAGCCCUCCUUCACUCCCUCCUCCUGCUUCUAUAAACCAACACUACCUCCCCCUCCUCCACCAACUUCCCGCUCCCCUCUUCUUCUUCAGUGAGGUCCUCUAUCACACCCCAUCCCUCCAACACUGCCCUAUACUCCUCCACAUCACAGCACGGUCCAAUCCAAACCACCACCUCCAGUCCCUUUCCCCGUUCGGCUGCUAUCCCCUCCAUCUCAGCCAAAUACCUCUCCACCAACCCUCCACUCCUAGGAUAAAC